AUGUCGCACAGGGCGCAGUCCAUUAUUUCUCCCCUCAUGCCGUAUAACCGAAAUACAAUAAAGCAAGCGCAAAGUAUUGCGCCUCGUCCAACACCAGAAUUCUCGGAAUUGCGUCGAAAAUGCCCCGGUUGGCGGCAGCCCAGGCAAGAACAAUGCAGAGACUUGACCGAGAUGCUCCAGACAAGCAAAGCCAUGUCCAUCCCGGUGCAGAACUCACAUCGGCGGCAUCUCCGCGGUGUUGUUUGGGCCCGCGUCUUCGAGGUGCUCCUUUGCAUUGACUCCUCGCCAUCCGAACCAGCACCGACGGGUUCUUCCGGGGCUAAGGAGUUUUUUGUUGCCAACAGGUCAGUAUGUGAUCCGUGGGAUUUCGCUUCUCUGUGGGCGGUUUGUGGUGGCUUACUUGACGAUGGUCAUGAUGCCUGCGUCGUCAUCCCUCGUGUAACCCCAGGACACGGUGAAGUUGCUGCCCACGCACCUCUGGUCGGAGAAGGAGGCAUGUCUCGCGUCCCCGUUGACGUGAACCAGCAUGUAGCAGUACAUGGGGUCGAGGUUGGGGCUGCUGAUGUCGAAUCUCAUCCAGAUGUCCCCGUCGCUUGGGAUACCUAA